AUGGCCGCCAAAUCUGUGGAGGGAAACAAGGGCAAAAAGCCCGCUUCCGCGGCUGUGAACUUGAUCGCUGGUGGUGGUGCCGGUAUGAUGGAGGCUCUCGUCUGCCAUCCCCUUGAUACCAUCAAAGUCAGAAUGCAGCUCUCGCGACGGGCUAGGGCCCCCGGGGCGAAACCUCGUGGAUUUAUCACCACCGGUGUCGAGAUCGUGAAGAAGGAGACUGCCCUGGGAUUGUACAAGGGUCUGGGAGCUGUUCUAGGCGGUAUCAUCCCGAAGAUGGCUAUUCGCUUCACCUCCUAUGAGUGGUACAAGCAGAUGCUUGCGGAUAAGGAGACUGGUGCAGUUACCAGCAAGGCCACCUUCCUUGCUGGUCUUGCUGCUGGUGUGACCGAAGCCGUCGCUGUGGUAAACCCCAUGGAAGUCGUUAAGAUUCGUUUACAAGCGCAGCAUCACAGUCUGGCGGACCCUCUGGAUACCCCCAAGUACCGCAGCGCACCCCACGCACUAUUCACCGUGAUCCGGGAAGAAGGAUUUAGCACCCUAUAUCGCGGUGUCUCCCUGACAGCUCUUCGCCAGGGUACCAACCAAGCUGCCAACUUCACCGCAUACACCGAGCUGAAGGCCUUCCUUCAAAGAGCCCAGCCCGAGUACAGCAACUCGCAGCUUCCCUCAUAUCAGACAACGCUCAUCGGAUUGAUCUCCGGUGCCGUCGGUCCCUUCUCAAACGCCCCCAUUGACACCAUCAAGACCAGACUCCAGAAGACACGCGCUGAACCUGGUCAGUCCGCCGUCAGCCGAAUCAUGGUCAUUGCCAAGGACAUGUUCAAGCAGGAGGGUGCGCGCGCUUUCUACAAGGGUAUCACUCCUCGUGUGAUGAGAGUUGCUCCUGGUCAGGCUGUGACUUUCACGGUAUACGAGUUCCUCAAGGGCAAACUCGAAGAGUCAAACUGGGCCUUCGUGGGUGGCAAAUAUGAGGAAUAA